AUGUCAGAAGCUCAGCUUCGAGAAACCAUUGUUGAUUGUGUCUCUGAGGCUCUUUCAGACUCCCAUGAAUGCAGGCAGAAAGCGCUGCAAAUGCUGGAUUCCAUCACCAAGGUUAGCCCUCAGAACAGAAACUUGCUUGCACAGACAGAUGCUGCCAUCCCUGUCCUUCUCAGCCUCUCCAAAUCUUCCUCCUCCAUCAUUGAAACUCUCUCACUCUCCAUCCUCUUCAACCUCUCUCUAAACCCUGAUCUUAAGUGCUCUCUUGCAGAUAUGGAAACCAUUUCUCACCUCAAUUCCAUGAUCUUCUCUUCCACUUCUCCAGAAUCAAUCAGAUUGGCUUCCUCUUUGGUUUGCAGCAUGGCCAUGCUCGAUAAGAACAAGGCCAAGUUCGGUGUAGCAGGUACCAUCCAGUUGCUGGUGAAGGCGAUUGCGGGAUCCCGUGGCCCGGCCACCCAUCACCUCCUAAGUUCUUUGGUGGAGCUUGUCCAGUUCCAAGGGAACUGCACCGUAGCUGUGCGUUCAGGAGCUGUUCAGGUACUCAUCCAAAUAGUAGAGAGCACUGACGGCCAGGAUCUCGCCGGAACUUCUCUCGCCGUUCUUUGUCUCCUUGCAAGAUUCGACGAAAGGUUGAAUGCUUUGAGAAAAACGGAGCAGGUGGUGAGUGUGAUAGUGAACGUGUUGAAAAGAAGGUGCAUGCUGAGCAAGGAGGGUGCGGCGGAAAUCCUCCUCCGCCUUUUUGAUGAAAGCGAGGGAUGCGUGAGAGAUGCUCUGAGAAUGCCGGAUUUCUCGUCUGUGCUGGCGGAUCUUUCUGUGAGAGGAUCUGCAAAAGCUCGAGAGAAGGCUGCUUUGCUAAUGAGAAAAAUCAUGAUGGAGGCAAGCUUGGAUUCUUAUUCGUUUCAGUGA